CAGCCGGGCACCAUGACAGCGCCGUCCCCCAACCUGUCGUGCCACCACUCCAUCGACGACUUCCGCAACAGCGUCUACUCCACGCUCUACUCCAUGAUCAGCAUCACGGGCUUCGUGGGCAACGGCGUGGUGCUGUAUGUGCUGAUCCGCACGUACCGCCAGAAAACCGCCUUCCAGGUCUACAUGCUCAACCUGGCCCUGUCCGACUUCCUGUGCGUGCUGACCCUGCCCCUGCGCGUCAUCUACUACGUGCACAAGGGCCACUGGUUCUUCAGCGACUUCUUGUGCCGCCUCUCGUCCUACGCGCUCUACGUCAACCUCUACUGCAGCAUCUUCUUCAUGACGGCCAUGAGCUUCUUCCGCUGCAUCGCCAUCGUCUUCCCGGUGCGCAACGUGGGCCUGGUGUCGGAGAAGAAGGCCAAGAUCGUGUGYGUCUGCAUCUGGGUGUUCGUCACGCUGACGAGCGCGCCCUUCCUGCGCAACGGCACCUACCAGCACGGCAACAAGACCAAGUGCUUCGAGCCGCCGGAGAACUCCCAGAAGACGAACAUGGUGGUGAUCCUGGAUCUCAUCGCCCUCUUCGUGGGCUUCAUCUUCCCCUUCGUCGUCAUCACCAUCUGCUACACCAUGAUCGUGCGGACGCUGCUGCGCAACUCGCUGCGCAAGAACGAGGCCAACCGGCGCAAGGCCGUGUGGAUGAUCGUCAUCGUCACGGCCACGUUCCUGGUGAGCUUCACGCCCUACCACGUGCUGCGCACCGUGCACCUGCACGCKCUGCGCCUGCGCGGCCCCGGCUGCGGGGAUGCCGUGUUCCUGCAGAAAGCCGUGGUGGUCACCCUGCCCCUGGCAGCCGCCAACUGCUGCUUUGACCCCCUCCUCUACUUCUUCUCCGGGGGAAAUUUCCGGCAGAGGUUGACCACGCUGAGGAAGGCGUCUUCCUCCAGCUUGUCGCAAGCCUUCAGGAAAAAGAUCUCCGUGAARGACAAGGAGGAGGAACCCUUUGGAGAAAGCCAGAGGGAGAAUGGAAGGGCRGCCGUGGCACCUUUGUAAGGAGGUUAAACUUCCCCUGAGAGCUCUGGUGAGGGAUGGAGAGCUCCAAACUCUUCCAGAAGAUGGGAUGGAGGCUUGCAAGCCUUUGUUGUGAUUAAAUAACUGUGGGCAGUCCCUGGUUUGUGGUACUUGGUGGCAGAGCCACUGCUGGGGCUGGGCUGGGAYCCCCAGAGCCACGUGGGACAGAGCAGCCACCCCCAGCAAACGGUGCAGCUGCUGAUAAACUCCCAAACCCCCUUCCAAGGCUGUAUUUGGGCAUUUGCUUCAUUUCACAACUCUCAAAGAGCGUUAAUUUCCCGAGCCAGUGGGAAAUGUAAACAGCGCUGGCGGCGUGUGGGGAGCUCCUGACAAACAACAAGAGCWGAGUUUUCACUGGAUCUUCAACAGCCGCCAAGUUAUUUACACUGAGAGGCUGGGAUAAUUCCUGCCCUGCUCCCAGCUGCCUCUGGAUUUUGGGUUUUAGGAUUAUUGUGUGUGUUCAAGGCUCCCAGGGCUGUCCCUGGGCUGCAAAUCAGGAUGGGCCCCUCUCCCAUCCUCACCAAGCAGCUUUGGUGGGCAGCAGAUUUGCCAGUAUUUUCCCAAUUUCUAGAAAAAUCAUGGGAUCAGCUGUAAAAAUUGCAGUAUCCUACUGUGCAGGAUAAUUUAGGAAUAAGGAUAAAAGGGAAACUUGUUUCAGUGCGACUUGUCCUGUAAGUGAUGUCUGCAGGAUCUGGAUUAUCACUCCGGUCUGCAGGAAUUUUUGGGUAAAAGUAGAGCUCUGGGUGCUUGGAGUCAGAUUUGCCCUUCUCAACUAUUGGCUAAAGUUGUUAAAUUAAUAGAAAAUAAAAAUAAAGCUCUCUAGGAUGUUUGAUCUGUUCCAGAGUGUUCACCUCGCCCACAUCUGGAGAAAAGAGGCAACAGGAGGCCCUCUAAAAAAUCUUUAGGGACAGCUGGAGAUCCAAAAUCUGAUUUUGGAUGAGAUGUGAUGCUGAAAAAACAUUGGCUUGUGUUUCUUCUGUAAAGAAAAACUUCAAACUCUUGGAUGGAAGGAAACGUUCCUGUACUUUUCUAGCAGAUCUGCAGGAAGGUAGCACUCCUGCCUCUGCUGGAGCAGAGCCUGGCUGGAGAUGAGCAACACAUCCCAACAGAAAUAGAAAUUCUUGUAGGAUUAAACCUCUCAGUUGGAGAAGGAGUUGAUAAAUGAACAGCAAGUGUGUUUGGAUAUGGUAUUUAUGAAGUUACUCGAUGUUAUCUCGAAUAAAGAAAACAGUUUUAGUGGUGAAGAAUAACAGUGAGCAAAAGGAGUUUGGCUCGGAAAGGGRUCUGCUUCAGAAAUCAUCUGUGCAGAUAAUUAGAGAGUAAACUCACUUUUUACAGCAUGGCYCUGCCUCAGCAAAAGGCACUUCAAAAAGCAAAUUCACCUGCAGGACAAAUGAUGGAUGUGGAUUCCCAAGCAGAUCUGAAAUUCCUUUGUCAAAUUUUAAGGAUAAAGUGGCAGAGRGCUGAAAGCUGCUGCUGUAGAGAAGCGUUAGAGACACCCCUCAAACACCCAGGAGGGCAAAGCCCAGAGUUCAAAGCCAGAACUGCAAAUUGUUCAGGGAAAGCAUGAGGAAGAAUUGGCUAAAAUUCACUUACAAGGGUCAGCAUUGAGUAUUCCACUUGUGCCUCCAGGCUUUAAAGGCAUUGUGCAGCUGUAAAUAAAAAUCCUGGGAAACAGUUUCAGAAUAUGUAAGAAUAAUAUGCCCAUCCCCAAAUUUUAAAAUAUUGUACAGUAAAGCUAAACGUGUGUGUAUAUAUAUAUAUAUAUAUGUAUAUGUUGCAAAGCAUUUUUAUUGCACCAGAGUUAUUUUUUAACCUUUUGCCUUUUUUAUUUGAAUGAGACAAUGGUUAUGGCAAAGGAAAUGGCAGCUUUUUYGUGUGUGUGUGUUUUGUUUGAAAGUCUCUG